AUGGCGAGUCUUUCGCUGUUUGUAAUCGAGCGUCACUCAAGAGUUUGGCUUUCGCGGCUUCUGAUUCAUCGAAGUCACCAUUCAAAAUUGCCUAUCCUGAGCGAAAUACGGUGUAGAAAAAGCUUAUUGUCACAGUUUAAAGUGUUAACAGCUGGAAGGCUUGGCACUCGACGUAAAGUUGCUGAAAGCUCUUCUCGACUGUACGGUUUGAGCAAUGCAAUGGUGAGUCUUUCUCUGUCUAAUCGUGCGUCACUCAAGACUUUGGCUUUUGCAUCUUCUGAUUCAUCGAAGUCAUCAAUCAAAAUACCCUAUCCUGAGCGAAAUACCGUGGAGAAAAAGCCUAUGGGCACAGUUUUUUGGAAGGCUUUGCCACUCGACGUAAAGUUGCUGAAAGCUCUACUCAACUAAUUAAUUUCGAAAUAGUCACAUGUUGCGUGCUUCUGGAAGGUUAGCGUUGGAUUUUUAGCAUUUAAUUUGCCUUUGAGGAUUUAUGUUUAGAACAAGCCUUAAGCCCAAAAGUAGUCCAAUUUGUCAUUAUCUGAGAGAAAUCAAGAAAGUUUGUGCCCUUCCUUUUUUCUAAGCUUGCAAGUGUAACGCACCUGAAAAGGAACCCUUAUGCACUACAAGUCAUAUUGUCAAAAUGACUAGUUCGAAAUUACUCCUUAUCUUAACUGAUAACUACAACACUUAUUUAAAAAUGUAUCGCUCCCGAACAUGUGUUGAUUGGUUCUUGACCUUUACAGUUGAAAAAAAAAAAUUCUAUUAAUUACAGUGAUUAUAGUUGUGUAAUUAAUUAGUAAAUCAAAAAAGAAUGAAAUUAAAGUGAAAAAACAAAACAGCUGUUUUAACUGUUUUAGAGGUUUGAAGGUCCGAAGGGAUCACUAGAGCUGUAAUGUGAGACUCAAUAAGAGGUCUAGUUACUUUAGAACACGUUAGAAGUUAGGGUCAUUCAUAAUGCUGUACUGCACCUUAUUUUAUCUGACGAUUAUCUAAGGUAUAAAAAAUGAAUUUUGUGUAUUUUCAAAGACUUCAAUAUAUGCUUACUUUUGAAUUUAUAAACAAUAUAUAUUUAAAUCCUACACUGUAAGUCUGGUUGUCAGUGUAGCCUGUGUCGCAGACAUAAUCUAUUGCCGGUUAGUAACAUCUGCAAAGCCGUGCCAAUAUUAUGGGCUACCAAUCGCAAUGUGUUUCGAUAUUCCCUUCAACCUGAUUGGCACACUGAUAAUGGUAUUUUUAAGAGGCCAAUCAUAGUACAUAUGCAAGUGCUAGUUCACAGGUGGGCCACGGGGUGCCCAGAAGCAGGAUUUCAGUGCUGUCUCACAGGGGGACUUAACCAGAAGUUUAGUUCUGUCUGUGGCACAGGCUAGUCUCUGGGCAUUAAUGUUUAAAUUAUGUAUUUUAUGUUGCUUAGCUGGGAAGACAAAAAUAGAUGACAGAAGAGCACAAACAAGAGAAUAUCAAGAAGUAUUAAAAAGUAUAUCUACCACACAACUCAUAAAGAGAGGUGAAAGUCCAUGAGGACAGAAAUGUUGUUACAGAGCCAUAAAACAUUAAUGUUAAGUACAACUCACUGUCAAAUAAGUUAAAAGGAAGGAAGAAUGCUGACAUUUCGAGGAAUACACUUUUCUGGUUUAUGGAAAAUCUGCAGCAAAAGAAGACACUGAAAUCAUGUUGAGCUGGUUCAGGAUGUCAAUUCUGUUUAGAUGGAAUCCUCUGACAGUGUCUAGGCCAGUGUACAGUAGUGUGCUUCGAAGCUGGUCCUUGGUAAGACAUUUCUUGACUUUACAUGCCAACUCUCUUUCAAGGACCUCAAGGAUAAGUGUCUGUUUCCCUGACAUUCACUUUCUUGUCAGGGAUCAGCAAAUUUUAACUAGACGACUGUGUUAACUGUAGUUUUUUUUUGUAAGACUUAAAAAACUUCACAGGAAAGACUGAAACUAAUGAUCUUGCACUAAGUAGCUUUGAAGAAAUCAAGGUUUCUGGGGGGGGGAGGCUGUGCUGCACAUAUUUCGCUUGGAGAUACGAGAGCAAACACCCUAGAUGCAACUAUAGGAAACCAAACUAACCUUGAAUUUAAUAGAGAGUAUUCACUCACUUGGCUUAUUAGUUUGGGACACCAUGGUCUCUGUUUCAUUGUUUUGGGACACCAAUAUGGCCACCGUGACGUCAUGUGAAUACUCUCUAUACUUCAGUCAGUUUCUCAUGUUUAUUUUCCAUCCCUAAGCAUUCUGUUUCUCCUGUGGAAAGGAGUUGGUGGUUGAGUUAUGACAACUUCAUCCCUUAGUGUUCUUCAUCCCUCAGUUAUGAUCAGUCAGAGUAAAGGAUGGUUAAUAUGAUCCUGAUUAGGAGAAGAAAGCUUUCUAUUAAAGGCACCAUGGUCUAGAAGACCAAAUGUAAAUCCCUAUCUGACCUCAUUGACAUGGAGAAACAAAAAAGGGACGGGCUGACACCCAGCAUAGUGAUGUGCAGUAUUAAGCUCAACAAGGAUACAGGAAAAAUCCACAACUGAGAAACUGGUUUUUAAGAACCUGUCAGGCUAAAAUUUUCCAGUUAGGCUGUCUUUAUAAAAGAGCACUUAAAUUUGAAACAGCUUAUUAAUCAUAACCAUUACAAUUUCCUCAGAUUUGAUUUUUUCUUUAAUCAUUGUGUAUAGUUGCCUGUAAUCGGACAGUUAUGUUAGCCAAUCAUUUUAAAUGCACUCAGCUAAACCCACCAAUCACAGAAGUUAUCAUGAUAACCAUAGCAACAAUCACUUACCCAAACAAACUGAGGAUUAAUCCAAAAUGGAUGAAUAUGCAACAUUUAGGCAGUGUCUCCACCAGUGAUAUUUUCCCUCACUUUGGACAUUUGGUAUGAACAAACACUCUUUCACCAAAAAGGAAUGCAUCUAUUUUCUUGGAAAUUGUAAUGGUUAUAAUUAUUAAUUGGUAACAGGACUCUGUGUCAUCCAAUUCAAUCUGUAAUCAUACUCACGAUUAAACAAAUCUGACUCCUGCUUCGCGGUUGUCCAAGUUUGUAACACUUGUAUGAUUACAGACUGAAUUGGACUCCCCUCAGUCCUAUUACCAUUAUUUAUAAAAUCUCUUAGAAAAAGCUUCUGCACAGUGUACACUUGGGAAAGUAAGAUAAGUCAACAUUCAGGGUCCUCUUUUGAGACAUAGGUGUCUAAUAAUAUUUAUUAUUACUCUGACUGCAAUGUGAUGGCGUACAGGUUUUACAUAUACUAAGGAAAGAGCUGAAUGCCACUAAAUACUUUUAGCUCAAAGCUACAAAGUAUUUUUUUUUAGAAAAUAAGGACCUAUUUGAGACUGAACCUAAAUAGCCUAAAUCUGUGCUAAUUAGUUUUUCUUUAAGAACCUGACUUGUUUAGGCUAACUUGGGAAAAUACAGGUUCUUGGUUGCAGGUUUUUACUAGUAAUUAAAUUUGAUGGAAAAAAAGAUUAUCAAAAAUUAACAUAGCCAGAUGAGCUUAUUUACAACUCCAUUUUUCAGACCUGCAAUUUAUUUAAGGCUGUCUUUUAAAGGAACCACAAGAACAGCAUGUAUUUUUAUUUUCAGCUUUAAUAAAUUCCAGACUAUUUUAAUGAUCUGGGGCCGGUUGCUCGAAGCCUGGUUAGCGCUAACCGUUGGUUAAGAGGUAUCAAAAUGUAUAGGUUUCCAUGGUAUUUAACGCUGGUUAGCACUAACCAUGCUUCGAGCAACCCGGGCCUGGUUAGAAAAUCCUCUUAACAGAUGGAAUAGCAAAAUGUGAAUUAAUAAAUCCUUUGAUCAAACUGUCUUCUGCUUUUCUCUUGCCAAACCAUCUUUCCCUACAGAGGAGCAAAGGUUGUAGCAAAUCAGAAAAAUAAAACAAAGACAAGAGGCUACACCUGAAACCCCUCUUUACUGUUACUUUAACACCCAGGGAGAAGGUUAUGGUACUUCUAUACAGGUAUGUGCCAUGGAAUAGGGAGUGGGUUUUGAGAUGAUCAGUCUUUAUCCUACACUACUUGGCUUGGCUUUCUGAUCCUUUGGUAGGGUUCCUUUGUAAAAUUAUACUAGCUCACCGUCAGUAGAUAACCUUCAGGGGUUUCAAAAUGUUUUAAAGUAGGCAGCCGAAUCUGGAGGCUGGGGGCACUGGAAUUGCUGGCAACAUACAAUCAAGUAGCCGAUGGAACUCCGGUGGUCACUGGCUUGUUUUGAAACCACUGAAACCUCUGGUAAAAACUGAAGAUACAUUGAUGGGAUCAAGAUAUGAACUUGAGCCGAGAGCUACUGAACAAUAAAAAAAACACUCUUUUUAUGCAAAUCAAGCCGUUUGAAGAUUGAAAUAGGAGUGUAAACACUUUUUGACACAAAAAAGAUGUUUAUAAUUAUCUACAUUUACCCAAUAUUUCCUAGACCUUCACUUGUUGGGGGAUUGUGUGUUAAAACAACUUGAACAUUGCAUUGAAAGCCUGUUGUCAAGGAUACAACUAAGAAGAGAUGGUAUAUAUUUGACUGUAUUUUUCAGUAGAUACUGGAAAAGAAUCAAAAAUGCAUUGUGAAUCUAAGCACUAAGAUUUUGAGCCAAAUACAGGAUCAAAGGACGUUAGUCAAUAACAAGGAAUGUGGAUAUUUUUUUGGAAAAAGGAAAUAAAUACAGCUUGAAUGUCUCAGGGCUGGUUUGCACAUUUCUAAAAUUCAUACAUGUAAUUUAUUGAAAAUAUUUUGAUGUUUCUUUUUUUUAGAACAAUAAUAAUAUCAUUGAUCAAUCAAAUAAAGUAGGUGAAUAAAAUUUCAGUAUUUCCUUUAACACUAGAAGAAAAACUGUUGUAUACAUACUAAUUAUACACAGCUGUAUAUCAUUAUUAUUAUGGUUCAAUUUUAUCCCUGGAUAAUUUUAGUUUCCUUUGUGUCAUACUCAUUAUCAUACAUUUUCAUACCCAAAAACACAGGAAAAAAUUUAAAUUGAAGUAUAAAGCAAAAAAUAAAAAUACUGUCCAUGUAUGGCCAAAAGAAAAAAAAUGAUCACUGGCUCACUCAAAGCUGCACUGGGUGACUGUUUGUCCUAAAAAGGUUUGAACUCUCUGUUGGAUACUCCCUUUUGCCCCACCAGCUACAGGUACAUACCCCUCCCCCUCAGGCAUGCCAUUCAACAUUGUAAUAAAAGAAGACCACUGUCAACCUUAUUAAAAAGUUACAGAGUAAAAACAUUGUUAUUAGGAAACAGAAAAACCAUUCUACUGAAGUGAAUUAUUGCAGUAACCUUCGAAUUUUGGUUCCAUCGCUUACAUGUAUUGUUUCUAGUAACAAAAAGUGCAAGUCUUAAGAUGAAAUUUUCAUAUUACAGAACAAAAAAUAUCCUUCCUUUUUCCAGGGAGGCCAUUUUCUCCCAACAACUCCCUACCAGGUAGAAAUUUCAUUCAAGUUUCAUAUAAAAUACUUUUUGUUUGUUUUGGCCAUGAAGACCCCCUCUCCUUACAACUUUUAAGGAUCCUAGAAUCAAAUAAUGCAAAUAUCCCUUAUGCACAACUGUCUUACAAUAUGGAUUUUAAGGCUCGGCAAGGGAAAAUUGGCAAAAAAUAUACUUCCAGUCCUUCACAUGUAAUUGAACUGUCUAUCCCCUACCACACAGAGAGAAAAUAACUGGCAAUGCAAUUUUGCUUAUCUGUGCAAAUUAAGUUUGCUGUCAUUAAGUUUCACAAUCCCCCAUAAGCAACAAUGCACUCUGUCAUACAGUGUAGGUGUGCUGUUACCACCCCUGAAAUCCCCUAAGCAAAAACCUUGCAUGCCUCCCUCUAAAACAAUAAAUUAUGAUCACAGCAAUUGCAGGCAUGUGGUAUCUUUCUGGUAUACUAUCGUACUCAAAAAAGGCUACUAGUAAUAAUAAUUGAUCAACAAGAUUAUUGUUUUUGUUAUAAUAUUGUUCUUCUUGGUGUAGGCCCUCUUAAUAUCUCCACCUCUCCUGGGGCACCACCUCCCAAAGCAAACGGUCUAUUCUCUGUCACAUUUUUUCUAUUUUAUGUGUUUCUUACACAAUAAAAUACAGUUUUAGAGAUCCAGUAGAAAGUGCUGUGAGAAAAAGGGUAGUUCUUUCGGAUGUUUUACUGCCCUUUUCUAAUAGUAACCACCUGUUCUUUAAGAAUUCCCCUUUCAUCAAUCAUUUAAAAAAUUAUCUAAUUCUCUUAACUAUUAAAAGCUCACGCUCUAACAUUGAAUAACUCUAAUAUUUCGCUACUCUACGCUCCUUGUAAUUCUCUCACGUGCACUAAAAGAAAAAUCAGCAAACCUACUAACCUUAUCUAUGCGACAUCAUGCCAGAGGGUCUUCGAACAGCAGAAGACUGAGCCCUUGCAGCAACUUUACGUCGAGUUAUAAAGCCUUCCAGCUGUUAACACUUUAAACUGUGACUAUAAGCUUUUUCUCCACGGAAUUUCGCUCAGGAUAGGCAAUUUUGAUUGAUGACUUUGAUGAAUCAGAAGCCGCGAAAGCCAAACUCUUGAGUGACGCUCGAUUACAAACAGCGAAAGACUCACCAUGACAUUCCUCAAAACCAUGCAGUUGAGUGCAAGUUUCUGCAACUUUACGGGGCGUGAUCCAGCCUUCCAGCGGUGAACACUUUAAACUGUGGCCAUCGGCGUUUUCCCCAUUCUAUUCCGCUUAGGAAAUUAUAUUUUGAUUGAUGACUUCUCUAAAUCAGAGGCCGCAAAAGCCGCAAAACGUUAACGACACUCGUUUUGAAACAUCGCAAGACUCGCCAUGA